AGACAAAGGAUGAUGGAAGAAAAGAAAGACGACGAUGGAGAUACAGCGGAGAUCGAUUCGAACACUUUUCUAUAACGGGGUGGUGUCAUAAGAGUAUUUCUCUGUUUAAAAAAAAACACACACAUUUUGUUGCAAAAUCCCUUCAAUUUCUCCUGCUCUAUCUCUCACAGUGAUUGUGAGAUUCCUCAUCUCUGUGUCUCUAUAAUUUUCCUUCUCUUUCUGUGAGUCUUUAGAAGUCAGAGUGGUCAUAUAUUUUCUUUGUUUCCCUCAUUCUCUUUCUCCCUCAAAUUCUCUCUCACUCAACCCCUCACGUUCUCCAUUUUCUUCUGCUCUCUCUCUCCUCCAUUCCCUCUAUAAACUGAACACCCAUAACGAAACUCGAAUCGCCCAUCCGCAACCGCAACCACAACGAUUAUUCAUCAUCCUCUCGCUCCACUAAACCACUUCCUUCCAUCUUUCUAAGUGUUUCUCCGGAUUUAAUUUCUCAUCCAAGCGAUUCCUGAAUGGAGCUCUUAUUCCGCCGUCCAGUUCCCGAAUCGACUGUUCAUCUUUUGCCGGUGAGAACAGAGAAAUAAGGUCGAGUUUCCUUGGAUUGUAAUUCCUUAAACCGGAGAUACCAAGGCGGAAGAAAUCUCUCUCUCUCUCUCUCCCUCCCUCCUCUUGCUAGCGCCGCUGCAGAGUGCAGACCUAACAUCUGCCAUUGGUGGGUCUCGGAUAGCAGCGAUUGGAAAAUGGGAGACAAAGAUGAGAAGCCUGAGGUUUUGGAGGCUGUAUUGAAGGAAACUGUGGACUUGGAAAACAUACCCAUCGAGGAGGUUUUUGAUAAUCUGAGAUGUAGUAAAGAGGGUCUUACCACAGCGGCUGCUGAGGAACGACUUGUAAUUUUUGGUCACAACAAGCUUGAGGAGAAGAAGGAAAGUAAAAUCUUGAAGUUUUUGGGGUUUAUGUGGAAUCCCCUCUCAUGGGUAAUGGAAGCUGCUGCUAUUAUGGCCAUUGCACUCGCAAAUGGGGGAGGAAAGCCUCCUGACUGGCAAGAUUUUGUUGGUAUUAUCUCCCUGUUGCUUAUCAACUCAACCAUCAGUUUUAUUGAGGAAAACAACGCUGGUAAUGCUGCCGCUGCUCUAAUGGCUAGUUUAGCUCCCCAAGCCAAGAUUCUUCGAGAUGGAAGGUGGAGUGUGCAAGAUGCUUCAGUUUUAGUUCCUGGUGAUGUUAUAAGCAUCAAACUUGGGGAUAUAAUUCCAGCUGAUGCUCGUCUUCUAGAGGGGGAUCCAUUGAAAAUUGAUCAGUCUGCUCUUACAGGCGAGUCCCUUCCUGUUACGAAAGGUCCUGGGGAUGGGAUAUACUCUGGUUCCACUUGCAAACAAGGGGAAAUUGAAGCAGUGGUCAUCGCCACUGGUGUGCAUACUUUCUUUGGGAAGGCUGCUCACCUUGUUGACACCACUAAUCAAGUGGGCCACUUCCAAAAGGUUUUAACUGCAAUAGGGAACUUCUGCAUAUGUUCAAUUGCUGUGGGGAUGAUUACAGAAAUUAUUGUCAUGUACCCAAUUCAAGAUCGGGAAUAUCGUCCUGGAAUCGAUAAUCUUCUCGUGCUUCUGAUUGGAGGAAUUCCAAUUGCCAUGCCCACAGUCCUCUCUGUAACAAUGGCUAUUGGCUCCCAUAGGUUAUCCCAGCAGGGUGCUAUCACUAAGAGGAUGACUGCAAUUGAAGAGAUGGCAGGUAUGGAUGUGCUUUGCAGUGACAAGACUGGAACUCUGACAUUAAACAAGCUAACCGUUGACAAAAAUCUUGUUGAGGUUUUUGCUAAAGGAGUGGAUGUGGAUACUGUGGUUUUAAUGGCAGCCCGGGCAUCAAGAACAGAGAAUCAAGAUGCUAUUGAUACUGCUAUUGUUGGGAUGCUUGCUGAUCCGAAAGAGGCUCGUGCUGGUAUCCAAGAAGUACAUUUCCUUCCUUUUAACCCUACUGAUAAGCGGACUGCAUUGACUUACAUAGACCAUGAAGGUAAAAUGCAUAGGGUCAGCAAAGGUGCACCAGAGCAGAUUCUGAACCUUGCACACAAUAAAUCGGAAAUUGAGCGGAAAGUUCAUGCUGUGAUUGAUAAGUUUGCGGAGCGAGGUUUACGUUCUCUUGCUGUGGCAUACCAGGAAGUUCCAGAUGGUAGGAAAGAGAGUGCUGGAGGGCCAUGGCAGUUUAUUGGCCUUCUACCACUGUUCGACCCACCAAGACAUGAUAGUGCGGAGACUAUAAGGAGGGCCUUAAAUCUUGGAGUGAACGUGAAGAUGAUUACUGGCGACCAGCUGGCGAUAGGAAAGGAAACAGGACGUCGCUUGGGGAUGGGAACCAACAUGUAUCCCUCUUCUGCUUUAUUAGGUCAGGACAAGGAUGAGUCCAUUGCUGCUUUACCUGUUGAUGAACUGAUAGAAAAAGCUGAUGGCUUUGCUGGUGUUUUUCCUGAGCACAAAUAUGAGAUUGUAAAGCGCCUGCAGGCAAGGAAACAUAUCUGUGGGAUGACUGGUGAUGGAGUAAAUGAUGCUCCAGCCCUUAAGAAAGCAGACAUAGGGAUAGCUGUUGCUGAUGCUACUGAUGCUGCUCGUAGUGCUUCAGACAUAGUCCUUACGGAACCUGGUCUCAGUGUUAUCAUUAGUGCUGUUUUGACCAGCCGAGCAAUCUUCCAAAGGAUGAAAAAUUACACUAUAUAUGCAGUUUCAAUCACUAUUCGUAUAGUGCUAGGUUUCAUGUUGCUGGCUCUCAUAUGGAAAUUUGACUUCCCACCUUUUAUGGUGCUCAUCAUUGCCAUUCUCAACGAUGGUACCAUAAUGACAAUAUCGAAGGAUAGAGUGAAGCCAUCUCCUUUGCCUGAUAGCUGGAAGCUGGCGGAAAUUUUCACAACUGGCAUCAUACUCGGAGGCUAUUUGGCAAUGAUGACUGUUAUCUUCUUUUGGGUAGCCUAUAAAACAGACUUCUUUCCACGAGUUUUUGGGGUAGCAACUCUCGAGAAAACUGCUCACGAUGACAUUAGGAAACUUGCCUCAGCAGUGUAUUUGCAAGUAAGCACUAUUAGUCAGGCUCUCAUAUUUGUUACACGCUCGCGAAGUUGGUCGUACGUGGAACGUCCUGGGUUAUUACUGGUCGUGGCUUUCCUGGUUGCACAGCUGAUUGCUACUUUAAUUGCGGUUUAUGCAAAUUGGAAGUUUGCUGCCAUUGAAGGAAUUGGAUGGGGUUGGGCCGGUGUUAUUUGGCUAUACAACAUCAUCUUUUACAUCCCACUAGAUCUCAUAAAGUUCUUUACACGAUAUGCUUUGAGUGGGAGGGCUUGGGAUCUUGUUAUUGAACAAAGGAUUGCGUUUACGAGGCAAAAGGACUUCGGGAAGGAACAGCGGGAGCUACAAUGGGCUCAUGCACAAAGAACAUUACAUGGACUGCAAGCGCCGGAUGCCAAAAUGUUCCAUGACCGAACUCACUUCACCGAGCUCAAUCAGAUGGCCGAAGAAGCCAAAAGGAGAGCUGAAAUUGCAAGGUUGAGGGAACUACACACUCUGAAAGGCCAUGUUGAAUCAGUGGUGAGGCUGAAAGGACUUGACAUCGACACGAUUCAGCAAGCUUACACUGUUUGACAAAAGUCUCUGUUUGGUAACUCUCACUGUAAAUUAAUGGCAGCGAUUGUGUUAGUUUUGCUUCUGCAAAGAAAACAAAGAUUUUUAAGUAUUCUAUUUGGUACUCGUCCCCAAAAGUAGAAUAUACAACUUUUUAAAUAUUCCUCCUCC